GAUGUCCAAGACCAAAGCAAUGGCAUUUCUACUUCUCUUUGCUUUACAAUUUAUGAUAGGAAUGGUUGUGGCAGCGGAUGAAUCAGCUAAUAACCUUGGCACAGUGAUUGGUAUUGAUCUUGGAACAACGUACUCGUGUGUUGGUGUUUAUAAGAAGGAUCACGUUGAGAUCAUCGCCAACGACCAAGGCAACAGGAUCACUCCUUCAUGGGUCGCAUUCACCGACUCCGAGCGUCUCAUCGGAGAAGCGGCCAAGAAUCAAGCUCCUCUUAACCCUAAACGCACUAUCUUCGAUGUCAAGCGCCUCAUUGGGAGGAAGUUUGAUGACCCUGAGGUUCAGAGAGACGUAAAGUACUUACCUUAUAAGAUUGUGAACAAGGAUGGAAAGCCUUAUAUUCAGGUCCAAGUCAAAGGUGAAGACAAGGUGUUUAGCCCCGAAGAGAUAAGCGCCAUGGUAUUAACUAAGAUGAAGGAAACCGCUGAAUCUUUCUUGGGGAAGAAGAUAAAAUCCGCUGUCAUUACUGUUCCAGCAUAUUUUAAUGAUGCGCAAAGACAAGCCACCAAGGAUGCUGGCACCAUUGCGGGUCUUAACGUGGCGAGGAUAAUCAAUGAACCAACAGCGGCUGCUAUAGCAUAUGGUUUGGACAAGAAAGGAGGGGAGAAGAACAUUCUUGUCUAUGAUCUUGGUGGUGGUACUUUUGAUGUUAGCAUCUUGACCAUUGAUAAUGGUGUGUUUGAGGUUUUGGCUACAAGUGGAGAUACACAUUUAGGAGGAGAGGAUUUCGACCACCGCCUCAUGGAUUAUUUCAUCAAAUUGAUAAAGAAGAAGUACAACAAAGACAUCAGCAAUGAUAACAGGGCAAUUGGGAAGCUCAGAAGGGAGUGUGAGAGAGCCAAGCGAGCUUUGAGUAGCCAGCACCAAGUCCGGGUUGAGAUCGAGUCUCUUUUCGAUGGCAACGACUUCUCUGAGCCAUUGACAAGGGCCAGGUUCGAGGAACUCAACAUGGACUUGUUCAAGAAGACAAUGGGGCCUGUCAAGAGAGCUAUUGAAGAUGCAGGGCUCAAGAAAACAGAUAUUGAUGACAUUGUGUUGGUUGGAGGUAGCACUAGGAUUCCCAAAGUUCAACAGCUAUUAAUGGAUUUCUUUGAGGGCAAGGAACUCAAUAAAGGUAUCAAUCCUGAUGAGGCUGUUGCUUAUGGUGCUGCAAUCCAAGGUGGGAUUCUUAGUGGUGAAGGCGGCGAAGAAACCGAAGACCUUCUCCUUCUUGAUGUUGCUCCUUUAAGUUUGGGAUUAGAGACAGUUGGUGGUGUCAUGACAAAAAUAAUACCAAGGAACACCGUUAUUCCAACUAAGAAGUCUCAGAUUUUCACUACUUACCAAGAUCAACAAACCACUGUGUCCAUUAAGGUUUACGAAGGCGAAAGAGCCCUAACAAAGGAUUGUCGCGAACUCGGGAAGUUUGAUCUCAGUGGCAUUCCACCUGCCCCAAGGGGUGUGCCACAAAUUGAGGUUACUUUUGAGGUUGACGCCAAUGGAAUCCUCCAUGUGAAAGCAGAGGACAAAGCAGGGAAGAAAUCGGAAUCGAUCACCAUCACCAAUGACAAAGGACGUUUAAGCCAAGAAGAGAUUGAAAGGAUGGUUAAGGAGGCUGAAGAACUGGCUGAAGAGGACAAGAAGGUUAGGGAAAGAAUCGAUGCGCGGAACAAGUUGGAGACUUACAUCUUCAAUAUGAGGAGCACCAUCAAUGAUAAAGACAAGCUCUCUGAUAAGAUUGAUUCGAAUGAUAAGGAGAAGAUAGAGGGCACAUUGAAGGAUGUUCUUGAAUGGUUGGAUGAUAACCAAAACGCAGAAAAACAAGACUUUGAAGAGAAACUGAAGGAGGUUGAGGCAGUGUGUAAUCCUGUUAUCAAGGAGGUGUAUGAGAAGAGUGGUGGUAGUAGCUCCUCUGGCUUCGAUGAUGAAGAAUCAACUGAUGAACUAUAGAGACUAACAGCUAAACAGCCACGUUAUUUUUUGUUGUCAUUAAUUCUUUGUUUACUUAGUUACUAUAGAAUAUAUCAUAAUGUAAUUGCGGCACAUCCUCUUUUUAUUUUGUUUACUUUUUCAUUGCUGCUCCUUCUUUUUAAGUUUUUCUUGCAUGAAAUUUCAGUAGGGGUAGAUUUCAGUAGGGGUGAGCACGGUAAAUC